GAGACAAGCGCGUAGUAGAGAAGAAAGCUAGAAGGGAGCUGCUGAGUAGCAAGAAGGGGCGUUUACAGUGCGGAAAGAAAUGAGUGCAGCGACCAGCAGCAUAAGGGAGGCCAUGACCAUCCCAAAGGCUCUCUCGCUUAUCAACAGCAAACACUCGUCGGAGAUGGUGGAGCGACACGUGAGGGCUCUGAACAGAAUCGCCAGCAGCUUCAAGAGAGGAGUUCCACUGAAAGAUCUGCCACAGCUGUGCCAACUGCUGCGAGUGGCUGCUGAAAAGAUGAAGACACAUAUUCUGUACGAAGAGCCGAUAUGCAAGAUUGUGGCCACCUGCAGUUUGCCAUUUCUAAAAGAGAGGUCUUCAGACGAGAACACCUAUGCUCCGUGUAUCAUUGAGACUCUCUCACUGCUGGGGAGCCUGAUGAUAGGACUGGAGAGCGAGGCCCUUCGUCAGCACGUUGCUCAGACUGUGGCCGACUUUUACCUUGCCGAAUCUAAUGAGGCCAAAGCUGAGGGUCUUCAGGCUACUGCGGUGACUUACAAUGCAGCUCUACUCGAGCAGAGUGGUGUUGUGCAUUACCUUGCUGAAGCACUGAAGCUCACUCAAGAUCCAUACACAAAACUGACAAUUCUAAGAGCACUACAGACUCUCUCUGUGUCAGGCACCAACUGUAAUCACAUACUGGCAGCCAAGGCCUGCGGUGCCAUCUGCUCAACCAUCUCUGACACCUCCACCGAGAUAGCUCUGGUGGGUUUAGAGGUUCUGUGGAACAUUCUAGAACAUGGCCCUCAGCUACAGGUUGCUGAGCAGAUGACCUCAUUGGGAAGCGUUUGUCCUCUACACGACGCAGUGAGGAGACAAGUAGCCUCCAGUUCUCACACCGACUCCAAACAACUGAGAAACGACCUCCUCGCUCUCGUCUCCCUCGUUGCCAAGAUCUCUCCUGACGCCCCGUUCAUUGAGACUGGUUUUCUACACACUCUCUGCUCAUAUUUCCUCUCCUUUGAAGUUGCUAGUGUGUCCUCUCGCCAUGAGCUGGGUCCCAGUCGUGGAGGAAGUACCGGAGGAGAGAGAGCGGGGAAGGCGGCAAAAGUCGAUGAGGAGGAUUUUGAGUUGGUCAAGACUCUAAUGGUCACUCUGACCAGCCUCAGCUGUGAUCAGGGCACCAUCAAGGUACUGUGUGAGCAGAAGGUGAUGCGAGGUCUGCUGUCAUUUGUUGUGAGGAACGAUCACAGCCCCUCUAAUUAUAGCUCAGCACACUUUGAGGAGCUCCAGCUACUGGCAUUGUCAUGUCUGUGUACCCUGGGACCGCUGUGUCUGGAGCAGUACAUGGUGUGUCAGGGGAACACUCGUCUCCUUCUCAUCCUAGAGUGGUGCCACAGCUCCCCCAGUGAGUUCAAGGGUCACGGAAAUGCGUUCCAUGGUAGAGGAGGGUGGGGUGGGUCUCUGGCCCAGCUGAGGAUGAGUGUGAGAGCUCUCCUGAGUGUGUGUCGGACACGAGACGAGGUGGCUCUGCAGGACCUCCACGACCAGGGAGCCAUCCCUCUCCUCAUUGGUAUCCUCAAGAGUCUGUCGGGGACAGUGGGAGAGGGUGGCUCACAGAGGACUGGCCCAGACUCGGGUCUGCUGCUGGAGCUCCAGUCAGACAUCCUCGUCACAAUCUCCUGUCUCUGUGAGACCGACAUACACAGAAAGGAGUUAUUUGGUGGCUACGAUGGAGUGAAGUUGCUGACUGGGUACUUGCGAGGUGCAGACCAAUCCGGUGUGGCCAGUGGUCUAGGCCGACAUCGACUCUUGCUCGCAGCCACCGACUGUGUGUGGUGUACUGUGGUGGGUAGCCCUGUGGUGGAGGACAUCUUCCUGGAGGAGGGAGGCAUCUUCUGCCUCCUCGACCUGCUCCAGGUGUGCCCUCUCAACAAUCAAAGUCUUGUUCUGGGAGUUCUGGUGGAUCUCUGUGAGAAUCCAAAGGCUAUUCCACAUCUUGCUGCGUGGCGAGGGAGAGAGAGAGACAUGUGUGCGUGGUCUCUGUUGGCCUCUCUCUGGAGGCAAGAGGAGACUGAGAUGGGAGUGCCUCGCACUGAUACCGGAGCCUUGGCAGGGACCAGUAAUCCACUGGUGGGUCAGGAGCAGGAGAAGUGUGGCGUGCCCCCGAUCCCCUCCCACCAACCCUCGGCUGCCGUCAUUGACAUCACGGAGAACAUGAGAGCCAAGAUAUACAUCCUCUGCUGCAAGAUGGGGUUCCAGUAUGUGGCAGAUGACCUCACCACCGAGGAUAAGAUCACACUCUGCAUCAUUCGCAACUACCUCGAUUUCAAGUCGGGAGAGGUGUGGUACGAGGUGGCAGGAGAGCUGGCCCAGGAGGGACUGAGGCCAGUCACCCCUGACCAGGAGGCUCUGCAGGAGGUACUCCACUCUCACGAGGAGAAGGCUGAGAACUCACUCAGACUCCAGUCAGAGCUGAUUGAGGAGCAGCACCGCUACGACCUUGAGGAGGAACAGCAGUACUUUGAAAAGAUACAUCAGUUGCACUACAUGGAAGAAAAGGCCAAAGCUGACUUCACAGACUUUGUCAAUCGAACGUCCAACUACAAAGCACUGAAAGAAGCAAAGAGGCGGCAACGCGAGGCUAUUGAUGCGUCACGACGCAGCAGUGUGGCAAUUGGUGAUCAUUACCACAAGAUUGACCAGGAUGGAGUCACAGUUACUACAUACUGUGGUCGGCACAUCUCCAUAGCAACCACUCCCCGGAGACUUCUCACAACAGGGGGUGGGGCAGAAUCUCCGCCCAGCCUCCCCCGUCCCUCACCUCCUCUCCCCAUCACCACUUCCACCAGCACCUCUUCUCCUCACCCAAUCACCAUUUCGCAGCAGCAGUGAUAAAGGUUGACACUGAAAGACUGUCUGUUUUAAUUUGUGUUGUGACGCAAUGUGACAUCACCUAAAGCUUGCUCUAUUUAUUCGGAAUGCAAUACAACAAAAUUAAACGGACAUGUGCACCAUACAGUAGAAAUAUAUAGGCAGGCAGUAGAGAAUGCUGUCUCUAAACACUUUCAUUACUGCCGUGUGGUGCACUUGUGAGUUUAAUUUUGUUGUUACUGCCGACCACCGUAGCGGCCUCCAAAAAUUGUAAGGCGGACGGUAUUUCACGUCCCCCUCACGGGAUAUUGGGAUAAGUUUUCAAUCAGCAAUAACCGCGCCUCGGUUAAACCUCACUGGCUACGGUACUGCCACUGCGCAAAGCUGACCUCCCACUGCAGCCUCCCUGCUUUUAUAGGCCACUCGGUCACCAACUGCUUGUGGUUUCAGUUAAUGAAUUCACACAUCUGAAAACCACAACGAAUUAGCAACAUAGGAGGCUCUCCCCAUCACCACUUCCACCAACACCUCUUCUCCUCACCCAAUCACCAUUUCGCAGCAGCAGUGAUAAAGGUUGACAAUGAAAGACUGUCUGUUUAAUUUGUGUUGUGACGCAAUGUGACAUCACCUAAAGCUUGCUCUAUUUAUUCGGAAUGCGAGUGUGCGCAUGCGCAGCAGAGAAAUUUUAAAUAGCGCACUCGUGAAGAAGAGGUUAGGGGUGUAGCUCUCUGAUCUCGGCGCUGGCGCAGAAGCAGAGAUAUGACGUCCAUAAUCAAGUUCACGGCUCUGUCGGGGGCCCACGACGAGGCUCCGCCGUGCUACCUUCUACAGGUGGACGACUUCUGUUUCUUGCUGGACUGUGGCUGGGACCCUCACUUCAACAUGGCCACCGUAGAGAGCGUCAAAAGGCAUCUGCACCAGAUCGACGCGGUGCUGCUGAGUUUCCCGGACCAGGCUCACCUGGGUCUCCUGCCGUACCUCAUGGGUCCAAUGGAGCUGAAAUGCCCAGUCUACGCCACCGUACCCGUGUACAAGAUGGGCCAGAUGUUCAUGUAUGACCUCUAUCAGUCGCGUAAGAAUUCUGAAGAAUUUGAUCUGUUUACUCUGGACGACGUGGACAAGGCCUUUGACAACAUCAUUCAAGUGAAGUAUGCCCAGACCGUCCAGCUAAAAGGUAAAGGUCACGGUCUGACAAUCACGGCGCACGCUGCAGGUCACAUGGUGGGCGGAGCCAUGUGGAAGAUUGGUAAAGACGAGGAGGAGGACAUUGUCUACGCCAUCGACUACAACCACAAGAAGGAGAGGCAUUUAGAUGGAGCACUGCUGGAGAGCCUUUCGAGACCACACCUCCUCAUUACCGGAGCCUACAAUGCCCUGAGUGUUCAGGCGAGACGGAAGGAGAGGGACCAGGCCUUGCUAAACAACAUCCUGACCACGCUGCGUCGAGAUGGCAAUGUCCUGAUUGCGGUGGACACUGCAGGCCGCGUUUUGGAGCUCUCUCAACUUCUGGACCAAGUAUGGAGGAACCAAGAGAGCGGACUGUGUGCCUAUUCCAUAGCUCUCCUCAGUAACGUCAGCUACAACGUCAUCGAGUUUGCCAAGUCCCAGGUGGAAUGGAUGAGCGACAAGAUGAGUCGAAUGUUUGAAGAGAACAGAAGUAACCCUUUUCAGUUCAAACACGUCACUCUGUGCCACAGUCUUGCCGACCUAGCUCAAGUCAGAGAACCUAAAGCGGUCCUGGCUAGUAUGUCGGACCUGGAGUGCGGCUACUCGCGUGACCUGUUUGUCCAGUGGGCCUCCAAUCCCAAGAACAGCAUCAUCCUCACUUCCCGCACGGCUCCUGGCUGUCUCACACACACGCUGGUCUCCAACCUCAAGCUACCGUCUGUGGACCUUGAGGUGAAGUCUUAAAGGCAACGUGGCAGUAGAAUUACACAUAAGAGCUAAAUUUAGAACUUGUUACUAAAAAUAGCAGCCCUCUCUUCCACCUCCUCUCUCCCCCUCCCACCAUUACCGAUAAUUACAAUGUUUCUCGAAACGAUUUCCAGACAGUUUCGUUUAGCCAUGCCGAGGAAUGUUAAAGUUUUACGUACUAGACUGCUUCCUGCAGGUGAGGAAGAGGGUGUGUCUGGAGGGAGAGGAGCUGGAGGCGUUCAAGACGAAGGAGAGGGAGGAGAAACUGGCAAACGAAGCCUCUGAGAAGGAGGCAGAGGUGUACGAGAGCAGCGACGAGGAGAUGGAGACGGGAGACCACCAGGCCACACCCACCUCCCCCUCCCUCCCUCCCCGGGUCCCCAAACACGACCUCAUGAUGGUGGAGGAGGCGAAGGCUCGCAGCUCCUUCUUCAAGCAGACCAAGUCCUACCCCAUGUUCCUCUGCCGCGAGGACAAGACCUCCUGGGACGAGUAUGGAGAAGCCAUCAGAACAGAGGCAAUUCCUUUCUCUCUCUCUCUCUGCUGUCUCUCUCUCUCUCUCUUUAUCCAUCCCCAGACAUGAGGACUACCAGCCAAAAGACUUGCCUCCUCCACAGGAGACCUUACCUAUGGAUACUGAGGCUGAGGGAGACGAUAAGUCUGAAGAGACCGCAGUGCCUCCUACCAAGUGUGUGUCUCAGACGGUAUCUAUAAACGUCAGAUGUUCACUGUCGUUCAUUGAUUUCGAGGGUCUGUCAGACGGAGAUUCUGUGAAGAGGAUUCUCUCCAUUGUCAAACCGAGGCAGCUGAUACUAGUCCACGGCUCUCCAGACUCCACCAACCACCUCAGAGAUUUCUCUCUCUCGUCUCUCGGGCUGGCCAAAGGCAAGCUCUUCACUCCUCAUGUCGGGGAAUGCCUCGAUGCCAGCACAGAGAGCCACAUCUACCAGGUAAAGCUGACAGACUCCCUGAUGAGUGCGGUGGGGUUCAGUCAGGCCAGGGACUCUGAGCUGGCCUGGGUCGACGGAAACGUUCAGUUCACCUCCGCAGCUCCCUCGGGGUUCAAAGGUCAAGGCGAGGGCAGCGGGGACGGGGUUCAGCAGAGAACGCCGCUUUUGAACGCUCUUCCUCACAACCAGGUGAAAGGUCAUCCGUCGGUGUUCAUUAACCCUCCACGACUUGCGGACUUCAAACAGGUCUUGAACAAGGCCGGACUUCAGGCAGAAUUUUCCGGAGGUGUUUUGGUGUGCAACAAGUGUGUCGCUGUCAGGAAGGGAGAGGGCGGUAAAAUCAAGCUGGAGGGGACAGUAUGUGAAGAGUAUUACAAAGUCAGAGAGCUUCUGUAUGAACAGUUUGCCAUCAUCUAAAUUGACGUCAGAGAGUUGCUGUAUGAACAGUUUGCCAUCAUCUAAAUUGACGUCAGUCAUUUCUUUGCAAUCUCUUUUCUAAUGCACAAUGAACAGUUUUGCCAUCAUCUAAUUUGCAAUCUGUCUUCUAAUGCACAAUGAACAGUUUUGCCAUCAUCCAGUCAUUCACUCUUUCCUUGCAAUCUGCCUUCUAAUGCAAUAAACUGAACAGUUUUGCCAUCAUCCAGUCAUUCACUCUUUCCUUGCAAUCUGCCUUCUAAUGCAAUAAACACAAUGAACAGUUUGCCAAUAAUCUGAAUUUUCUUUUAUUUGCCUCUUUCAUCAAAUCCCCUUCUAAUGCACGUUUUAUGCAAUAUUAAAAGGAGAGUAAACAUUAAUAAUAAUAUACAUGAUUCAGCUGCGACACGAUACAAGAUGACGUAAUCAAACUGAUGGUUAAAAUGUAUUACGUGCCGAGAUAUAUACACACUGUUAGUAAGACAGUAGCUAUAGGGGAAAAUGCCACAUCCGAAAAAGUGUCCAUGUGCAUGUGAUGGUAGGUAGAAAGCAAAGGAUAACGCGGUGAAGCAAUUCAUGAUCUAUAGAAAAUAUCCUGAUGUAACUAAGAAAAGCUCACAGACGAGGCAGGGGAAGAAAAGAGACGGCCGAUAAGAGGGUGAGAAUCAAAAUGAAUAGUUGCCUGACUGGAUGAAGGAGGGGGGGGAGGAGGAAGAGUGGUAAUUACGUAAUGGCAAACUGAGAGGUACAAGAAGAUUGUAGGGAGAGAUUCUGUUCCCAUGUGUAGAUUGAUCUUGGUAGGAAAGGUGGGGGGUGGGGGGAGGGGAGGGGAGGGGAGA